CGAUUCUCUCUCAUCUUAGAACACUAGCGGGUCCAGCUGCCACGAAUGCGCCUAAACCUCAUAGACCCCCACCACCUAAUCGAAGACCUCUAUCUCACGGACUACGAUCUCGUGUCAGACGGACGGUUCGAUACCAUCAACUACGACCAGUGGUGCAGCUGCCCUCCUCGCCCCGACCCAGAGCGCACAUUCUUCAGAUUGCAGAAAGAGCCUGUGUUGGUGUCCAAGGAUGACCUUCCCUCCAGCCCGAGCAUGGAUUUUGACGAGACGCAUACUCCAUCGCCCGAGCUCUAUGCUAGGGACGAGUUAGACGCAAGCAGCAUCACGACCUACAGACGCGUCCUAUUAGACGCACCACCCUCACCCGGACCACCAUCGCCAACCAGUACCAGCUCCAGCUCCGGAACCAGGACACACAGACGCGUCGUCCUAAACCCCGCGCGCGAGAGCGUGCCCGAGCUCCGCGACUGGCCCAGCGCCCUCCGCGUCAUGCUGGACGUCACCCAAGGCCUAAACGCCAUGCGCAUGAACGGCUGGCUCCACGGCGACGUCGGUCCGCACACCUGCCUCUGGGACGCAAAAGGGCAGAUCGGAACACUCUCGGACUGGGACUACACGACGUGGUGCUACGGCGAGCCGCGGGGAGUGGGGCCAAAGGGCCCAGAGUACUGCUGAUUCUGGAUCUGAGUCCCGAGCAUGGCCAAUGGCCCACCGUCACAGAUAGAGGGUUUGCGGUUCCAAGGGAAGUCGUAACCGCUCUUUGAUGUUGGACGAGGGAUUCUUUUACAUACCUAAGAGUCUCUGGGCAGACAAGAAUCAGGUGUAAAUGGC